AUGGGCCGGCACCAUGGUUUGAAAUUCCCCGAACACCUUUACCUUUCUCCUCCCACACCUCCUCCCCAGCCGACUUUCUACUCUUUGGCUUCAGCUUCUUCCUUCCUUUCGGUCAAAUCGGCUAGCCAUUAUUAUUAUUCUUCUCCGGCGGCUUUAUUUCAAGAAACCAGUAGGAAUACUGCCCUUGCAGUCAGUGAUCGAAUACCGGGUCUCAAGACUUCUGCUGACACCGUGGUUUUUAAUACAACUAACACAUUGUCCAUCGGUGCAGCAUUCCUGACGACCCUAAGAGCGAACCUCGUCCUCGAAUCCGACUCAACACCGCCCUCACUGGCCAAUACCCCGGACUGCCUUCGACCCAUCAACAUGGCCUCAUCGACGGGCUCGCUCUCAGCACCACUGCCCUCACCACUAGCACAAAGCGCCUCCUCCUUCGCCGACAACCAAGACGAGCACCUCGACAGCAGCACCGCCGACCAACAACCAACCCCUCCACCCCUCACCACGACGCUAGCCCUAACCCUCGACGACAAAGUCGAAGCGCUGCACCUACUGGCGGACUCGGUGGCGCAACAGCGGCAGCUGGCAUCCAAAGCGACCAUUUUCCACCCCUCGACGCUCUCCCUGCUGAUCCUGGCGCUGGGCCUCGUCUACCAGUAUUUCUACCACGGUGCACAGUCGGACCUGGCGCUCGUCGGCACCACCGGCGCCGGCAUCGUCAUGUCUGCGCUCAUCACCGUCCGCUGGCUGACCGGCGGGUAUAUCGAGGAGGCAGAGCGCAUCGGCACGUGGAAGUGGCUGAACCUAGGCCGGGACGAAGGGAAUGGGAACACAAACGCUAUUAUCGGCGAAGAAGACGAAAUCCUGCUUACGCGCUUCGGCGACGAAGUCAUCGGGACGCUGUUCCUGCGCGGCGUGCGUGAAUCCAACUCCAGCUCCAACUCCGGCGGCGGUGGAAGUGACGGCAUGGGCCACAGUUCGUCGCUCUCGUCAUCUUCAGGCAACAGUUCGCCGACGAAGCGGGCCGCCCGCGCCGCGGCGAGGAACACGCCCGUCACGGGCCAGAUCCGCGGCUGGACGGUCAAGCAGCGGUUCCGGCACAAGGGGGUCGGCACGGGCUUGCUGGAGGAGGCGGUCGCGGCGACGCAGCGGCACGGCUGGCUGGGCCCGGAGUUCGCGGCCGACCAUGCCAACAGCGCCAAGUUACUGCCCAUGACUUUCCUCGGUGGGUUUGUCAAGCGCGAAAAAUUGGCCAGGGAGGCAUUGGUCCGCGUCAAGACUGAGAUGGGCGUGAGUGCGGGGGGUGGGAGGGGUGGGCGGAGGACGAAGCGCUGA